CAAGCUAGAUAAAAGGUAAAGAAAGACGUCAUCUGAUUGAAUGACUCUUACCUUUCCGCACGAAGGACAAAAAGACCUCAAUCCACCCCUGGACUUCUUUCCAUCCAACUCACAACCAACCCCCUUUACCGUCGGAUCACAACAAAGAUUCAAGAUACCUGAUCAGACAUCAUGGGCUCGCAACCAGAGUACACCCUCCCCACGCAGGAGCUCACCUUCGAUGGGUUCCUCUUCGACAUGGACGGCACCAUCAUCGACUCCACCGAAGCGGUGGUCAAGCACUGGGAAUCAAUCGGCAACGAGAUAGGGGUUGACCCAGAGGUUAUCCUGGAGACUUCCCAUGGACGCCGCAGCAUAGACGUCCUCAAGAUCGUCGCGCCGGAGAAGGCCAACUGGGAAUUCGUGCAGCAUAUGGAAGGACUCCUCCCCAAGAACUAUGGGCACAUCGCCGUCGAGAUCCCCGGCGCCCGCACUAUGCUGGACGACAUCAUCGCCCUCUCAGGCCGCUGGGCCAUUGUCACCUCUGGCACUGUCCCCCUCGUCACCGGCUGGUUGAAAGCCCGGUCCCUUCCGCAGCCCAACGCGGAUCAUCUCAUCACGGCCGAGUCCGUCAAGAACGGAAAGCCAGACCCGGCGUGUUAUCGCCUCGGCCGGUCUCGUCUCGGCCUUGACGACGAGGCCGCCCGAGUGCUGGUCCUCGAGGACAGCCCGGCGGGCAUCCGCGCAGGCAAAGACGCCGGGUGCAAGGUCCUGGGCCUCGUCACAAGUCACACUAUCGAGCAGGUCGUUGCCGCGGAGCCGGACUGGGUUGUGCGCGAUCUCGAAUCCGUCAAGGUGGUCCGCAGCGAGGGAGGCAAGGUGACGAUUGAGGUAUCGAAUGCCCUGCGACUGUGAUGGCGAGGGCUACGUGCGACACUGAGAGGGAGAGUCGAGGGUACCGAAGGGAAAAUAAACGAUAUGAUGAUUAUUCAAUAGACAAAAUGCAUAGGAUAUGGCAUUCCGAGCAAUACGAGAGAAAUACCGGCAUCGAAAGACCCCUAGGAAGGGCAUCAAUCCUGACCACACUUCUCCCUCCUUUGACCAGU